AUGGAACCAAAGAACUCCACUGGCAUCAAAUAUUUUCUUCUGCUGGGUUUGUCAGAAGACCCUGAGCUACAGCCCCUCCUCUUUGGGCUCUUCCUGUCCAUGUACCUGAUCACUGUGUGGGGAAACCUUCUCCUCAUCCUGGCCGUCAGCUCGGACUCCCACCUCCACACCCCCAUGUACUUCUUCCUCUCCAACCUGUCCUUGGUGGACAUCUGCCUCACCUCCACCACUGUCCCCAAGAUGCUGCACAACAUCUGGACACAGAGCAAAGCCAUCACCUACGCAGGCUGCAUCUCACAGAUGUACUUUUUCGUGCUCUUCACAACUUUAGAUGACUGUCUCCUGACUGUGAUGGCCUAUGACCGUUAUGUGGCCAUCUGUCACCCUUUACACUACACGGUCAUCAUGAACCCCCAGCUCUGUGGACUCCUGGUGCUGGCGUGUUGGGUCAUAAGCGUUGCAAACGCCCUGCUGGAAAGCUGUAUGACAUUAUCCCUCUCCUUCUGUACACACUUAGAGAUCCACUACUUUUUCUGUGAACUCAAACAAGUGGUUCAACUUGCCUGCUCUGACAUGUCUCUUAAUAAUGUGGUGAUGACUUUUGUUGCAGGACUCCUAGGUGCAGGACCUCUAGUGGGGAUCAUUUAUUCGUAUUCAAAAAUAGUAUCUUCCAUAUUAAGGCUGUCCUCAGCUCAGGGCAAGUCUAAAGCCUUCUCCACCUGUGCGUCUCACCUCUCUGUGGUCGCCUUGUUUUAUUGCUUGAUCCUGGGAGCCUAUGUGGACUCUGGUCUUUCCUACAGCUCACACUCAACUGCGACAGCUGCGCUGAUGUACACGGUGGUCACCCCCAUGCUGAACCCCUUCAUCUACAGCCUCAGAAACAAAGACAUCCAGGGGGCUCUGAGAAGACUCUUCAGAACCAAACUAUUAAAAGGCCUGCUGUUUCUGAAUUGA